GGUAGUUACAAAAUAGUCAUGGGAAUAUAAAGUAUAGCAUAGGGAAUCUAUAUACAUAACAGCCUAAGUGAUCGGCUGACUGGCCAACCAGCCAACAGGCUGAUCGCUAUGACGUGCAAUGACCAUUAGGGGGCAGGUGCUCAGUGCGGGAGCUGCUGAGCAACAGCAACUCUGCAGAGUGCUCUCUCACACUUGGACUGCUGGUUUUGGCCCGAUGCCUGCAGGCCGGGCUGAGGAACUCUACCUGCCAGAGGGACCCCGCUCACUCCACAGACCACCUUCAAGCCUCGGUGCUGCCCCGGGUGCAGCUGGCCAGGGAGGGACUGCGAGAGGUCAGCUCCAGGGCAUGUCCGGCCUGUCUCGCCCAGUCCUGCCCUACCGGCCACCUUCUAAUCAAUGUGCACGAAUCCAUGCACCAGGCCUCUAGUUUAUCAGUAAUAUUGUAAUAUAACUAUGUAUGCUGUCAGGUGGGUACUUACCACGGUGAUCACUUGGUAAGUUAUAUAAAUGUCUAAUCACUAUGCUGUACAUCUGAAACUAAAAUAGUAUUGUAUGUCAACUGUAAUUGAAAUAUAAAAUUAUUUUUUUUAAAUGUAAGCCCUCAUCCAGGUUUUACUUUGGGCUUCACAUAGUACUGAGUGAUGUGGUACGCAGUAGGGAAGGAGCUGAAGUUGUCUGUGUCACAUGGGAUUGGUGGUUCAUAAAGUGUGAAUAUUUGUUUAAUUUGCAAAGAAUUUCUUUAAUUUCCCUAAUGUGGUCUGAACCCUUUGGUUAGAGAAUAAGUCUUGAUGUGAACACAGAAGAAAUGUAGAGCACUCAGUGGGCUUUGAGGACGUGGCUUUGGACUUCUCCCAGGAGGAGUGGGCUCUGCUGGAUGCUGCUCAGAGGGAGCUCUACAGAGACGUGAUGCUGGAGACCUUCAGGAACCUGGCAUCCGUGGAUGAUGAGACUCAAUUUAGGUUCAAUGGGUCAGAUUCUCUGCAGGAUAUUUUUGUGACUAAAAUGUCCAAGGAAGAUAAAAUAGCGAAGUUCACCAGAAAUUCUUGGGUCUCUGUCUUAGGAAAAAUUUGGGAAGAACUUAGCAUUGAAGAUAAGCACACAAACCAGUGGAGAGAUCUGAGAAAUUAUGUGGUGGAGAGACUCUGUGAGAGUAAUGAGCAAUAUGGGGAAGGCUUCAGUCCGACUUCAGAUCUUAAUCUGUACCAGAAAGCCUUUACCGAUAUAAAAGAGAAUGAAUGCAAUACAUAUGCAAAAGUCUUCAUGCAUCAUUCAUCUCUACAGAGUCACAUUGCCAUUCACACUAGACACAAACCGUAUCAGUGUCAGGAAUGCGGGAAGGCCUACAGUUGUUCUUCAGACCUAAGAGUACAUGUGAGAACCCACAAAGGAGAGAGGCCCUAUGCAUGUAAGUUAUGUGGGAAAACCUUUCCUUGUACUUCUUCCCUCAACCGGCACAUAAGGAUUCAUACUGCGGAGAAAACCUAUGAAUGUCAGCAAUGUGGGAAAGCCUUCAUUGAUUUUUCAAGUCUUACUAGGCAUCUGAGAUCCCACACUGGAGAGAAGCCCUAUAAAUGUAAGGAAUGUGGGAAAGCCUUCAGCUAUUCCUCAACUUUUCAAAGACACAUGAUCACACACUCUGGAGAGAAGCCCUAUAAAUGUAAGGAGUGUGGGAAAGCCUUCAGCUAUUCCUCAACUUUUCAAAGACACAUGAUCACACACUCUGGAGAGAAGCCCUAUAAAUGUAAGGAAUGUGGGAAAGCCUUCAGGUAUUCCUCAACUUUCCGGAGACACAUGGUAUCACACACGGGGGAGACACUACAUAAAUGUAAGGAAUGUGGAGAAGCCUUCGGUUACUUCUCAGCUUUCCGGAGACACAUGAUAUCACACACCGGGGAGAAACCCUAUGAAUGCCAACAGUGUGGGAAAACCUUCAAUUAUCUCCAAUCCUUUAGAAGACAUGGAAGGAUUCACACUGGGGAGAAACCCUAUGAAUGUAACCAAUGUGGGAAAGCAUUUAGCCAUCCCUCGUCCUUUCAAGGACAUAUUAGAGUGCACACUGGAGAGAAGCCUUAUGAAUGCACUCUGUGUGGGAAAAGUUUCAACUGGCGCGAAUCCUUACGAAAACACAUGAGGACACACACUAAAGAGAAGCAUCCUGGAGACAAACCGUAUGAAUGCAAACUAUGUGGGAAAGCGUUCUAUUGCCACAUGUCCUUACAAAAACAUAUGAAAAGGCACACUGCCGAGAAACUCUACAAGUGCAUGCAGUGUGGGAAAGCUUUCAGUUGGCCCGAACUUCUGCAACAGCAUGUGCGAAAACACUCCGCAGAGAAACCUUACGAGUGUAAGGAAUGCGGGAAAGUCUUCAAAUGGCCAUCAUCGUUACCGAUACACAUGAGAAUGCAUACUGGAGAGAAACCUUAUGCGUGUAAGCAGUGUGGGAAAGCCUUCAAUCGUUCCUCAUCCUUAAGAAGACAUACGAGAACACACACUACAGAAAAACACUGCAUCUAUAAUGUGGGAAGUCCUCCUGCAAGUGUAUUUUCAUGAACAGUGCUUCAGAAAAUUCACACCAGGAGGGUAGUCUUAUGAAAGCUGUAAAUAUGGUGUUGCCUUUAUGAGUAUCUCAUUAUUAAAAUGGACCUAUCGGUAGUAUAUUUCCAGUUUUUUUGCAAAUAAACAUUUAGGUGAAAAAUAACUCUCAAAGUACUCUUAGCUAUAGUACAUAAAAUUUGCGUGUAGUGUUUUGUUUUUUUUACAUUUCAGUAAACAAAACUUUUGUCAUUAGUUUGUUUACUUUAAAUGGUCCUGUAAAGGGUUAUUGGAACAAUGACACUUUAUUUGUUGGAUUUUUUUACUGACUUAAUGUGGCAGAUACGGAUAUCAACCAUCAUAUAUUUUGGCCAGAGGAGUCUUCCACUUUUCUUGUGUUUUUGUAAUUAUAAAGUUAUAUGAAUUGUUGUUUUCAGCUUUUGCCCGCCCCUGUUGUUGUUGCUUGUGAUUGGGAAUUGGACAGUAGGCAUUUACUUAAGAAAUCCUUGUGAUAUCACCAUGAGAGAGACAGGGUUUGAGAUGGUUCUGUUGGAUUGUGCUGUGUCAUUGUGGCCAAUGGGAAUUGCAGGUCCCAGAAUCCUUUAUGAUUCCAUGUUCUAAUUCACCAGUGGCCUAACUUGGCAUCAGAUUUGGAACCUGAGCCUGAACCCUAGCCCUAACCCUAACCCUAGAUCUAACCUGAUGACAUCAGCACUACCAGCAUGUCCCCUGGCCCAAACCAUUAUUUUUUGGAGCUUUAUUAAAGUGUGAUAGAAAGGUAGGGCUUCUAGAUGCUAGCUUUCAGCCCCUCUCCCUGGUGUCUUUGCCUGACUGACAAAGAAUAUCAUUAAAAAGAAAUGCAAGUGCUUGACUUCCACUCUUCUCAGAGGUACAGGCUUCCACAGACAUCUCCAUGAGCUCACUCGGUAUCAGUGAUCCAGACAUUUGUGUAGUCAGGUACUCCCAACCUGUAUUUUCCCAGGAACUGUAAGGUGUCCUCCAGACCACUAAUCCAGACUCAUGGUCAGUGACUCUAAUACUAUGAUUCACCCUCUUCUCUAGAUUGUAAUAGAGUUCAUAAAGUCUAAUGUGUACAGCACACACUGUUCUUAAUAUUUUCAGUGGUUCUCUGAUCCUGCCUCCACCACAAAAACUAUAGUAUUGCAGCAAAAUAAAACACUUGGGGCUUCGUUGAUCUGUUGAAUUUUUAAGUGAGCUAACCCAGCUCUUUGUGAGAACACACACCUUCCUCAUCUAGCAGCUUUGGGAAAAUUUCUGUGACACAGAACUAAGUUCAGUUCCUUCAUAUGAGUUUAAUUU